CAAAAACUUGCAUUAGGAACAACUCAUCCCUUUCUUAACCUCUCCGGCUCCGCUACAAAAACAUCUCCGUCAAUUGGAAGGAGACGCUUUACACUCAAGGUUAUUGAGAUCUGCGUCUACUCACUUUUUUGGCUUACUCCCCCUCGAAUCAGCCAAAAGAUGUUUGAUGAUCAAGACCUGGGAUUUUUUGCCAAUUUUCUUGGCAUUUUUAUAUUUGUCCUGGUGAUAGCUUAUCAUUAUGUGAUGGCUGACCCAAAAUAUGAAGGCAAUUGAAACUGGUGUUGCUUAGAUACUAGGCUGAGUGAUACUUGCACAUGUUAAUUUCAUUAGCUUUGCUGUAAUGAAAAAUUUUCUCCGCUAUAUUUCCGACUGUUUUAACAUCAUUUGAAUGCUUUAUAGUCUUCUUCAUUAAAAUCAAAGUUGUUUAGGCAUUUAGCCUAUUAAGGAUU